AUGAGGCACCACAUCCAGCCCUUGAAACAGCUAACAGUCACAUAUAGGCCAGAAGAUGACAUCAUGACUCCAGGAACAAAAGAUGGCCUUGGGACCCAUGUAGAAGACGUCUCAACCCCAGCAGCUAGUGAAGAGCUCUCAAAGUCUGGCUUCACAACCCUGGUGACAACAGGUGCCAUGAGUGUGACAGACCCUCAUGUCGAGGAUCAGCCAACUGCAGAAAGCACAGUCCACGCCAAAGAAGGCCAGAGCACCCCCGUCCCAAGGGAGAUGACGAGUCACUCUGGGGAGAAAGUGGGGGGAGAGACCCAGACAACAGUUGAGAAAGAUGGUUUGACGACGGUGACCCUGGUUGGAAUCAUAGUUGGGGUCUUACUAGCCAUUGGCUUCCUUGGUGGGAUCAUCAUUGUGGUCAUGCGAAAAAUGUCUGGAAGGUACUCGUAA